ACCCUUUAACUCACUCCCUCACUCAGCAUCGCAGUAGCACCGUGCUAAGAAGGGAGACACCCACCAGCAGAUAACCAUCGCCUGGUUUUGCAACAGGCUGAACAUCUGAGCUAGCAGAGGCACUAGUGAGUGGCAGGUCUCUGAGGAUGGUUGAACUUGGGGAGCCUUGAGCUGCUCCCCUAGUGGGGAUCGCAAGGGAUCUCCUACCAGUGCCCCCCACUUCCACCCAUACCACGUGGGCCAGGGCUCAAACCCCCGAGAAAAUGGGCUCGGGAGGGAGCUGACAAUUCAAUUAAAUCAGGCGCUGGGAUCGUGCAACCGGGACGCCGCCUGCACUGGCUCGACAGGGAUUCCUGCUUCCCCAGCCAGAAGCCUGUGGUUUCAGGUACCACAGUCUUUGUAGCUGUUGCUUUUAGACCGAAAUUAACUCAGGCCGAGCAGGCCCGGGCAGUGCAGAGCCAGGCGUCCGGCCGAGAUCAGGCGCCUCGUCCGCUCCGGGGAGGCCCCGGCUUGUCCCGACAGGAGGAGGCAAGUGAGGGACUCUAGGAAGGCAAGCGCUCGAGGCUGAUUGCUCCCCCUCGAGGGAGGCCCACCCACAGCCGCAAAGAUGAUGGAACAGGUCUUUAAGGGGGACCCGGAUACCCCGCACUCCAUCUCCUUCUCGGGCAGCGGGUUUCUCUGCUACUAUCAGGUGGGGGCAGUGGAUGCUUUCCGAGACCUGGCGCCUCGCAUGUUGGAUACGGCUCAUCGCGUGGUCGGGACGUCAGCCGGCUCCGUGGUGGCUGCCCUGACCGUGUGCGGCAUUGGCAUGAAUGAGUAUCUCAAAGUCUUAAAUGCUGGUGUGGCCGAGGUCAGGAAAUCCUUUCUGGGACCAUUUUCCCCUUCCUGCAAGAUGGUCCAGAUGAUGAAGCAGUUUCUGUACCGAGUCCUGCCUGAGGAUUCCUACAAGUUGGCGACAGGAAGGCUCCAUGUGGCCCUCACACGGGUGACAGAUGGGGAGAACGUGGUGGUGUCUGAAUUUACUUCCAAGGAAGAGCUUAUUGAGGCACUCUACUGCAGCUGCUUCAUACCGGUAUACUGCGGCCUCAUUCCACCAACUUACCGGGGUGUGAGGUAUAUUGAUGGAGGUUUCACUGGAAUGCAGCCAUGCUCCUACUGGACAGACUCAAUUACCAUCUCAGCUUUCAGUGGCCAGCAAGACAUUUGCCCCAGGGACUGCCCAGCUAUCUUCCAUGACUUCCAGUUAUUCAACUGUACCUUCCAGUUCUCCUUGGAGAAUAUUACCCGGAUGACCCAUGCGCUCUUUCCUCCAGACCUAAUGGCCCUGCAUGAAUACUACUACCGAGGAUAUCAGGACACAGUUUUAUACUUGAAGAGGCUAAAUGGUGUCUACCUCGAGUCUCCCAUCAAGAAUUUAAUGUUCCCCCGGGUGGAAGUGUUCUGCUUUGGAAGUCUGUCCCAAUGCAGGGAAUGGAAAGGGACUGAUGAGCAGAACCCAGAGACGACACAAGCCAGCUUGUCAGAGCUCUCGAGCCACACUCUGAAUGAGGCCACCAAGGGGACUGUGAAGGACGAUGAUGGUCCACCUGAUUCCUCUGCUGGGCAGGCACCUGAAUCUGUCCCUGCCCAGUUCCCUCUGUCACCAGCCAUGCAGCCGGCUACAGUGUCAAUUCCAUCACUCACAGAGUCACCUGUGCGGUCUCCUGUCUCACCUGUGGGGCUCCCUCUGCCAUCACCAUCUCAACAGUCACCCAUAUCACCGUUUGUUCAAUCAAUGGCACAACCACUUCCAUCACUCAGGCAGUCAUCCAUGCAUCUCUGCUCUGUGCAGUCACCCUCCUCACCUACAGAACUUCCUUUCCCAUCUCUACCCACGCAGUCACCUCUAUCAUCUUUUGCACAAUCGCCUAUCUCACCCCCAGGACAAUCACCAGUAUCAACACCUGUGCAGUCGCUUCCUUCACUCACAGUGCCAUCACCAACGGUAUCCCCCACGUCCCCAGCUGCAUCAUAUCCUCCAUCAGUACCCCUGCAUUCACCUUCAGCGUCUCCUGUGCAGGCAUCAUCCAUGGAGGCUGAUGCCACACCCCAGUUCCAAGCUUUACCUAAGACUUCAAAUAAGAAAAUCACUGUAUUUCUGGUGAACGUGAAGGAAGAGGUCUCCAAUCCCUUUGUGAAGGGCCACACUGUGGAUGACACACAUUGGGUGAAUAAGUUAUUUGGAAGGAACAACCAUGACACAAAUGGUACCAGGAGAGACUUCUCAAGACCCCGAAAAUGCAAUCUAGCAAGGAGAAAAGAGCGGCCUUCCCCCUGCCUCUUCAACUCAUCUCUACUUCCCAAUUCUGGGACAGUUUGGGUGUCCUACCGGCCUCAUCCCAUUGCCGCGUGUCAGACAUAUGAUGACCCUCAGGUAUCUACACACCUCGACAGGGACCAGAAGUAGCCUCCAUGUGACUUUGUGGGGAGCUUUCUCCUGCCUCCUGUGGUAUUCCAGUUUGACCACAACUCACUCCUCUCCCAUGGCUGUCCUGUUGGUUAUGGAA